CCCCCUCUUAGGUUUGCGUUGACACCGGCCAUCUAACACAGAGCAGCUCCGACUGCCGUAUUCAGAGAUUCCAGAUCCCCCAGUUCCUGUUUCCGUCGCAGCCUUUCUACUCAGUUUUCUGGAGCAACAAAUCUCGACAGCUGCCGCGACAGACCCAGCCUCCACAGGUCCGGUCGGAUGCCGCUGGAAGCCGGUGUAUCAUGCCAAGGACACAACGCAAAUAAAAGAGUCCCGUGGGACAGGAAGACGGUGUGGAACAAGCUGGUCAACACGGAGCUGUGCGGACGGGAGAGGACACUAAUCAGGCCAUCAGAACACACAUUGAUUCUGCCAGCCAUGCUUUAGCACGCACAAGAAAGGCUGGUUGAUCGCUGGACAAGCACCUGCUGCCUUUUCUUAUACUCUCCUGGGCCACAAACGCACGCACCUCCCUCCCAUCUGUCUUUUUACUGAAGACCAUCCAUGCAAAAAUGCCGAUGCCAACGUUGGUGCUGUGGCACUUGUGGUGACGGGGCACAGAGUGUGUGAGUGUGUGUGUGCGCGCGUGUGUGCACACGUCCGGCAGGCAGGCCGGUGGGUUGGUGGGUGUACAGGCUCACCAAGAGGCGAUUUCGGGUGGGUGAGGUGGAACCAUGCGGCCCUGGGCGGGUUCAUGGCGUUGGAUUACCCUGGUGCUGUUGGCCUGGGGCACGCUCCUCUUCUAUAUCGGCGGUCACCUGGUGAGAGACAGUGAGCACCCGGAGCGGUCCAGCCGGGAGCUCUCCAAAAUCCUGGCCAAGCUAGAGCGACUCAAGCAGCAGAAUGAAGACCUGCGGCGCAUGGCCGAAUCGCUCAGGAUACCAGAGGGUCAGGCAGAAGCCGGGUCCCUGGCUGCAGGGAGACUGCGCUCCCUGGAGGACCAGUUAACCAGAGCCAAACAGAAGAUCCACAGCUUCCAGAAACUCACUGGAGACGGCCCAGGGCCCACUCAGGAGGAGCUGCGGAGGAGAGUGGAAAACGGCGUUAAGGAGUUCUGGUAUUUUGUUCGCAGCGAGGUGAAGAAACUGACCAAUGUUGAGCCCAGCGAGAGGCAGAAGUACGCAGACACGCUCCUGCAGGACCUGGGAAACCAAGAGAGGUCCAUCAUGACGGACUUGUACUACCUCAGUCAGGCGGACGGAGUGGGCGAGUGGAGGACGAAGGAAGCAAAAGACUUGUCGGAUCUGGUCCAGAACAGAAUCACCUACCUGCAGAACCCCCCAGACUGCAGUAAGGCGAGAAAGCUGGUGUGUAACAUCAAUAAGGGCUGUGGUUAUGGCUGCCAGCUCCACCAUGUAGUCUACUGCUUCAUGAUUGCUUAUGGCACCCAGCGCACGCUCAUCCUGGAGUCUCACAACUGGCGCUACGCCCCCGGCGGAUGGGAAACCGUCUUCCUGCCCGUCAGCAACACCUGCACUGAUCGAUCUGGUGCCACCACUGGACAUUGGUCAGGAGAAGCCCAUGACAAGGACGUCCAGGUUGUGGAGUUGCCCAUAGUGGACAGUCUCCACCCUCGGCCCCCCUACCUGCCUCUGGCGAUCCCCGAAGACUUGGCCCCACGCCUGCACCGUCUGCACGGCGACCCCUCCGUCUGGUGGGUGUCCCAGUUUGUCAAGUACCUGGUGCGCCCACAGGCGUGGCUGGAGAAGGAGAUCCAGCAGAGCACCGCCAGGCUGGGCUUCAAACACCCCAUCAUCGGAGUCCAUGUGAGGAGGACAGACAAAGUUGGGACGGAGGCGGCUUUCCACCCCAUCGAGGAGUACAUGCUGCAUGUGGAGGAGCAGUUCCAGCUUCUGGCCAGACGCAUGCACGUGGACAAGAAACGAGUUUACCUGGCCACUGACGAUCCCUCCCUGCUGCAGGAAGCCAAGACAAAGUAUCCAGACUACGAGUUCAUCAGUGAUAACUCCAUCUCGUGGUCGGCAGGCCUUCACAACCGCUACACUGAGAACUCUCUGAGAGGGGUCAUCCUGGACAUCCACUUCCUGUCUCAGACUGACUUCUUGGUCUGCACCUUCUCCUCGCAGGUCUGCCGUGUGGCCUACGAAAUCAUGCAGGUGCUUCAUCCGGACGCCUCCUCUUUCUUCUACUCCCUGGAUGACAUCUACUACUUUGGAGGUCAAAAUGCCCACAACCAGAUCGCCAUCUACCCCCACCAGCCGCGCAACAGCGAGGACAUUCCCCUGGAGCCCGGCGACGUGAUCGGCGUGGCCGGGAACCACUGGGACGGAUACUCCAAAGGCAUCAACCGCAAACUGGGUCGCACCGGCCUCUACCCUUCCUACAAGGUCAAAGAGAAAAUCGAGACCGUGAAGUACCCGACAUACCCCGAGGCAGACAAACUGCUCAACUCUCAAAAGAAGUAAAGGAAGAAAUGAAAAAAAAUAAAAGAAGAGAAGGAGUGAGGAGAAACACGCAGACUCCGAUUCCUGAGAAGGAGGCUGCUUUUGUACAGAAGAGAGGGGCGUACUUAGUGCGCUAAGCUGAGAAGAAAAGAAAAAAGCCUGUACCCAGGGGUGAUGGGAAUGAAAAUGCACUCUGUGUGUUUAUGUGAGAGCGCGCAAGCGUGUGUGUGUGUGUGUGUGUGUGUGUGUGUGUGUGUGUGUGUACGUAUGCGCACACUUGUGUAAAUGCCCGUGCAUAUGUCAGGUCAUGGAAGACUUGCACCCUACCACCCCCACCCUCCCCCCACCCCCCAAUGCCCUGACGUUGGGUCUGUAGACAUGUAGAACAUUGAUUUUAAAUAAAGCAAGAAAACACUUCAAAUUCACAGACCAGGCUCGCUCUCCAGAGACAGGACUGGGACUACUGUAAGACUGGCACACCCCAGACUUUGGUUCGAAUCAAUGACUGAAAAAAAAACAAAACAAAAAAAAUAAAUAAACUGGAAAAAAGUGUUUUGAUUUUUAUUUAAUUCUUUUCAGUGGUUUUGACUCUAAUCUUGCCUUUUCCCCCUUUUUUCUCCUUUUUUUUUGUUUUCUGAAUGUACUGUAUCCUCUUCUUGCCAUGCUCACCGCUGCCCUUCCCCCAACACCUCCUCCUGCUGCUCCACUCACUGUGCUUCCUCCAUCUUGUCUCUACACGUGCAAUUAAUUUUAAAAUACCAUAUUGUGCUUUUAUUGACUAUUUUUAACGGUCUUAAUUUUGCGUGUGUGGGGCUUGUGCGUUGUAUACUGUACAGUGUGUGCGUGUGUGUGUGUGUGUGUGAGUGGAUGGAUGUGUAAAUGUGGGUGUGAUCAGACAUGCCUGUGUGUGUAUGUGUGUGUGCUGUGUGAAGUCCAAGGGGCCAUGUCUCGACCUCAUGCCUGGUUACUGGUGAGCAGUGUGUGUUUUUUUUAUUUCUGGCUUUUCCUCCCGGAUGAAUCGUGUUGGUGAGGUCAGUGGGAGACCGCCGGUGGCGGUGGCGGGGGGUGGGGACUGUCCUCAGCUGCCUCCUGCCUCCCCAGCACUUUGAACAAUAGUGAACUCCUGUCACUCUACAAUGGUAAGAUUAAUGUGGAGUGUGGUGAACUCAUGGUGCACGCACACACGCCGCAGACACAGCAGCCGUCCCGAGGCUCACCAAAAGAAGCACUCCACUGAGAAUAAUGUCCUCUUUUUUGGCAUCUCUGCUGUCUUUUCUGUCCAUUUGUUUGUUUGGUUGGUUUUUUUUUUGUUUUGUUUUUAUUUACUUUUAACAUCGCUCUUUUAAAAUAAAUGAGGAAAAAAAAUAUGCCUAUGUUUAAAAAUGAUAUUGCUAUGUCAUAUCAAACUCAGAGUCCCCGUCAUGAAGGCUUUUUUUCAUAACUUAUGUUCUUGGGCAUUGUCUUUGAUAACCACAGAUCGAAUAAACUUGAGAAACCAA